AUGUCCUUCUGCUCCGAAGUUUAUAGCUUUUCUCUAUUCUUUCUCAUUCUACGUACGUCUUCUAUCUAUCUAUCUAUCUAUCUAUCUAUCUAUCUAUCUAUCUAUCUAUCUAUCUAUCUAUCACAGUGGUCACCAACUAGUGGUCCGUGCAAAAUUUUUGAUGGUCCGCAGAAAAAUUGGGAUAUUCUUUCAAUUUCAUUUACGUUUUUUCUGUUUCGUUUACUUUCGCCUCUUUCUUCUCUUCUCUCUCUCUCCCUCCCUCUCUCCCUCCCUCCCUCUAUCUGUAAUAAUCUCAAUGCUGUUUCAGCCGACUUUCUUUCUUUUUCUCUCUAUUUAAGAUUGUCAAUCUCACUUAAGCCCUGUGUACGUUUAUUCUCUUUUGUUUUAACCUUUUCUCCGAUUUCUCUCUAUCUCUCUCUCUCUCUCACUCUCUCUCUCUCUUUCCCCCUCUAG